AUGGUUGGUGCCAUGACGACACGCUUGGCUACGCAUCCUGCAGAAUCAGGAAAGGGAUCCAACAGCAACCGGCACCAGAUGCCGCAACAGGAGCGGAUGAUGGAGGUCUCCAUGGCCAACUCCACGGUGACCGACUACCCCGACUACUCCGACUACUCUUAUGAGUAUGUUACGAUCUCUGACGGCGGCGACGACGAAGAUUCCAUUCUGGUUGCCGUGCCGACGCUGUACUUCCUGCUCUUCUUGGUGGGGCUGGGGGGCAACGGGCUGGUGUUGCUGGUCCUGGGGGGUUGCAGAGGUCGCCGGCGUGUGGGUGGCGGCGGCAGGCGGCUCGUGGACACCUUCGUGGUGCACCUGGCGGGGGCUGACCUGCUCUUCGUGGCCAUGCUCCCCCUAUGGGGCGCCGCGGCGCUGGGCGGCGGGCGAUGGGUGUUGGAGGGCUGGUGGGGGUACGCGCUGUGCCGGCUCAGUUCCUACGUGCUGGCCCUGAACCGCGUGUCGAGCGUGGCCUUGCUGACCUGCAUGAGUGCGGAGCGCUACCUGGCCGUGGUGCGCAGGCUGGAUUCCGGAAUGCUGCGGAGCGGGCGGUGCGUCAGGGUCACCUGCGGAAUCCUGUGGACCACCGCGGCACUGGUGGCAGCACCUGCACUGAAGUUCAGACACCUCGAUGACCUGGGCGUCUGCUCCGACCCUGAAGACUCAGACCUGUUUCAGUGGUACGCGCUGGCCUUGCUGGUGUUUUUCUUCGUGCUGCCUGUGGGUGUCAUGGUGCUGUGUUAUGGCGCCAUCUUGAGGCACCUCCAACGCCACUGCGGCCCGCACACCCUCACACACAACAACGCCAGCAUGCACGCGCGCCGCACACACACCCUCAAGAUGGUCGUCGCCAUCCUCGCUGCCUUCAUCGCCUCCUGGUUGCCCUUCGCCGUUUGCCGCGGCACCCUCUCAUUGGCCCAUCUGGCUAGGGCAGAGCUGGAGGCGGAGACAGAGGAGGGGCUUAAGAGAGCGCUGCUGAUCUCUUCCUGUCUGGCGUUCGUUAACAGCUGUGCCAAUCCAAUCAUCUACCUGCUCCUGGACCGCACCUUCCGCCGUCGGACGAAGCUAUUGGCCAAGGCCUGCCUGGGAGGCCGCCCACUGCCGCACGAUUCGCUGACCAGCCAGACCAGUCAGACGCAGGACAGUCUUGCCUCCUCCACGGUUACUGUGGCAACCAGGAGCACAAAGCUUCCCUUCCCAAAGUAAAGGUCCCCUUCAAACUCUGCAAUUUGCAUAAAAGUGCAGCAUUAGCUAACAGGAUCACUGUGACAUCUGUAUGCUGUGAUACCUGUUUGAUAUAACGUGAUAACUGUGUUGUCAGUGGCAACUGUGUUGGCUUUGGCUGGGGCCAAGACAAAGUAAUCUGAAAGCCCACAAUCUACAAACUAAUGAGGACCCAUGUCUUUCAGAUGACUUUG